UCUCGCAGAGAAGUCAAUCAUCAAUAGAAGUUAGUAUACCCAAUCGAAUCAUGGCCGAGGAAAGUUCCCAGAGUCAAACUGAAAGUGAGAGCGAUGAGGAACCGGAACUGCAGCCGGAACAGGAACCGGAUGUGGAGCAGGCCAGGGUCAGGGAUUCCUCGGAAGAUCUGCGGAGCAACGUGUGGCUGAGCCUGCACGGAUAUCCAUCUGGCACCGAUGAUCAAGUACUGGCCAUUUUCUCGCGCUUCUGCUCGAUGAGCUCCUAUCGCAAAAGGAAGAAUGGUCUCGAGCUGAUAUUCGCAUCCGCGGAGCAUCUGCAGCUGGGCGUUCUAAUGGCCAAGCGUCUGGUGGUGGGCAACAUGCAGAUCCGCUGGCAUGUGGGUCGCCUGGAGGACGAUCCAUCCAUGAAUCCCACUCCUUCAAGGGAGCGAAGUUCGGGUUCGGCCGGUGGACUUGGCGUUUUGGGUAAAUUGCGAAGGGCAUUCGCCAACUACUUUCGUUAACUUUCUGUUAAUGAUUAUUUGCCAGUGAAUCAUGAAGUAUAUUCCAUAUGAUUCCAAGCUAAUGAGUGUGUA